UUAGGAUUCCUGUGGGCGGAGAGGGGAUUCCGGUUCCGGGUGUUUUCAUAUCCCACUCGGAGGUGUUCAUCCCUCUGAUUAUGGUAUUUUAUCAUACACGUAUUUCGAUAGACGACUGAUUAAAGUAAAGUUAUUUUAACAAAGGAGGUCCAACAGUUGUCGGGAACAUGGCGACCCGCUCGGAGAGAGAAAAGGCCCAAAAACUCAACGAGCAGCACCAGGCCAUCCUGUCCAAAAUGCUGCGAGAGGAAGACAACAAGUACUGCGCCGACUGCGAGGCGAAAGGUCCAAGAUGGGCAUCCUGGAAUCUGGGAGUAUUUAUCUGCAUCCGGUGUGCUGGCAUCCACAGGAAUCUGGGAGUACACAUAUCCAGAGUCAAAUCAGUCAAUCUGGACCAAUGGACAGCAGAACAAAUCCAGAGUAUACAGGAUAUGGGUAACACCAAUGCCAGGCAGCUUUAUGAGGCCAACCUUCCAGAAAGCUUCAGAAGACCUCAAACAGACCAAGCAGUGGAAUUCUUCAUCAGGGAUAAAUAUGAGAAGAAGAAAUACUACAGCAAGAAUGUGACAAAUGGAAGCAGUCCAAAAGAUGCUAAGAAAGAGAAAGAGCCGGACAGAGGAAGCAAGGUGUCAUCUUACAGUAAGGGUGACGAGCCCAGGCCAGUCCCCAAAAUCAGCCCUGCUAAGACUUCAGAACCAUCUGUGAACCUACUAGGACUUGACAUACCAACAGCUGCAGCAACUAACAAUGGUAGCAUAAGCACAAGCCAGAACAACAAUGACUUGGAUAUAUUCGGCCCGAUGGUAUCCAACCCUCUCCCCGCCUCCUCAUCCGCAGCUCCCUUUCCUCAGGUGAGCUCCAGUAACGCAGCGAGCACUCCCACACAACUUCCUGCGUCGGUGGCAGCGGGGGGCGGAGCCAGCUCGGGGUCAGGGCAGGGAGACCUGGACCUGUUCAGUGACAGCAGCAGCACUCCUAAGACUGAGGACGGGGCCAAGAAGCCGCUGUCCAAGGACUCCAUCCUGUCCCUUUAUGGAACCAACAGCAUGUCCCAACAGGCGCCCACAGCCGGCAUGUUCAUGGGCCCCUCCCAGAUGCAGUUUCCUGUCCAGGCUGCUGGAGGUUACCAGGCCUUCCCUGGCAUGGGUACUGCCAUGCCGCCUACAACCGUCAUGGGCGCCAUGAUGGCUCAGAGCGGGGCUGCCAUGAUGGGGCCCAGUCCGGGCAUGAUGGUCGGGAUGACCAUGCCUAAUGGCUUCAUGGGAAAUGCGCAAGCAGGCGGCGUGAUGGGCAUGGCGCCGAGGAUGAUGGGACCACAGGGCGGUGCGUUGCCUGCAGGCAUGGUGCCUGCUCAGGGCAUGUACGCAAUCCAGCCCGGGCAGCAGGCGCAGUGGAACAUGGGUCAGGUGAAUCAGCAGAUGUCAGGGUUGGCCCUGAACGGUGCGGGGGGCCAGAUGGCUUUCGCUCAGCCUCCAUCAGCUAUGGGUGGAUGGGCCGCCAACGGAUCUGGCCAGACUCUGAGCACACAGCUAUGGAAGUGAGCCUUUGAGCGAGUCGUCGGUCGGGCAGAGUGAGAGUCGAGGUUUCAGGAAGUGCAAAAUAUAUCUUGUGCUUCUCUGCGCCUCACAGUGAACUGAUGCCCAUUUCCAGCCUUCAGAACAUGAAAAUUGUAUCUCCUUUUUUCCCCCUUCUCCCUUUCUCUGUCUCUCUUUCUCUCUAUUGUGUGAGUGAAUUGGGAGUCCUACAGGAGUACAGCCUGGCAGUUUCUGCCUGUCGUAUGGUUUUUGAUCAUAACUUUUAUUUUCCUUUUUUGGGAAAAAAAAAAUGACAAGGAAAUAACAGUCCCAACAAAAAUGAUAUCGACAUAUCAGAAAAGCUGCAGGACCAGUUACACAAGCUUUUAUUGUAUCACUGUAUCAUUAUAAGAAUAUAGAACAUUUAAAUGAAUAGUAUUUAACGGGAGAAGGCAUGACUAUCAAGUCUGUCAGUACGGCUCCCAAAUGUACAGCGCUGUAUAACCUUCUUUUAAAGUACUUGUGGUUCCCCUAUCAAAUUAAAGUGAUAAUAAAUGACUUGCUUUGAA